AGUACAAAAAUAAUAUUUUAUAUUUAGUACAAAACAGAUUUUUAGAAGUAUUUGACUGAACUUUGUUUAAUUUUAAUAUUUAUCAGUAAUUAAAAUUUUUUUUAUAAAAAAAAAUUGUAUAAGUGAAAAAUUUAUAUUAAUCAAUAGAAAUAACUUAACCAUGUCCAAUUUUAAAAUUUGCGCAAUUUUGUUGGUGUUGAUCUUGAGCCAAACCGCAUUUGUUAAAUCUGAAAAUUCUUCGGAGAAAACUAAUACAAACUUAACAUCAAAACAAAGUUUUCUGAAAUAUGUCAUUACUAGUUUUUCUGCAAUGAUUCAAGAAUAUUCUGAAAAAUCGCUUAAAGUAAGCCGUGCUAUUCUAAAAAAUGAGGAAUUUAAGUCACACCAUGAACCCUUGAUUGAGGAAUUUAAACACAAUUUAACCCAAUUCUUGGACUAUAUUGAAGCCAAUAAUAAUGUGCCAAACAAAUUAGUGGCCAUUGACAUGUUUACUAAUACUACUGAUUUCUAUUAUGAAAUUCCUGAACAGAAACUCACUUCUGAGACUAAAUAUAUUUUAGAAAUUUUAAAUAAAUAUCGCUACAAGGAUAUAGAAGUUGAAAUGGAGAAAAAAUUCUCUACCUUUGAAAAGUAUUUCAAGAAAAUGUUUGAAGAAUUCAAAAGUGAAUGGGAUGAGCGUGCUUUGGAGUGGUAUGAAAAAUACCAAAAUAUCCAGGAUUUUAAAGAAAAAUUUAAUGCUUUUACUAAUUUGAAAAUUUUUUAAAAUUAACGUCGAAAUAAAUAACAGUUAAUGUAUAA